AUGAAAAAUAUUUUUAGUUAUUUUUAUGGAUCAUCUGUAAAAUAUUUGAACUAAUUUAGGAAAACAAAAAUACUGAAAUUAAAGAUCCGAAGCUUGAUUAAUAAUUCGAAACAUUUAUUUUUGAAUUUACUUCAAAUGAAUAUUUCCCUCUUUAUGAGAAAUGGACAAAAGGAGAAGAACAAGAAUAUAUAGGUCUCUUGUUAUUGAUAAAUUAGAUUUUAAAUUAUAGGACAUAGAGGAUAUUUAUUUAAAUAAUUAUGACUAGCAAUUAAAAUUUUAAUAAGAAGAGACAAACUUAGUAGAUUAUAUUGUAUAAGAAGAUGAUACUUUAUUUGGAUUAGAAUUAAAAUUUAAUAUCAAGUAAUCAUAAAGUUUAUAAGAAAGUUAGAACAGAAUUUUAAAAAUAAAUGAAAUAUCUCCAGAGUGCUUUGUCCCUGGAAUGAGAAUAAAAGUUCCUGCUGUCAAUUAAGAACAAAGUCAAACUUAUAUAUAAGAGAGUGAAAUAAACGAUUUGUAAUUUAAUUAGUCUUCAUUUUAUGGAAGAAACUUAAUGGAUGAAAUCAUGUCAAGAGGAUAAACAAAAAAAUGUAUUUGUUAUUUUUAAAUAAAAGUCAAUGUUUAUUAUGUUACUAAUUAUGGAUGCAUAGAAGGUGUAUUAACAGUUAAUAGUGAUGUUAUAUUAUUUGAUCCUAGCUUUGUUGAUAGAAACAAAGAAUUAGUUUAAAAAUGUCAGAGUAUAAGACUUACUUAAAUAUUUUAGAAUAAAGUAUUCUGAAUUUUUAAGCAUGUUUAAUGACAGAGGAUGUAAUAUCUGUUGAUUUAAACGAAUUACCUAUGAGAAUAGCAAAAUCUAGUUCUAAAUGUUUUAAAGAUUAUUUAGUGAUGGUACACAUUAGUGCAAAUGUUUCUUGUAAAAAACUAUUAGAAGUAUUACCUAUUUUAACUUUCAGAGUAAAAGUAUUCAAUAAUUUAGAUAUAAAAUGAUGAUGAUUAAAAAGAAUUCAAAAUUUAAAGUAUAGAUCUUUGUGAAACACUGGCUGAUGUUGUCAAAACUAAGUCAGAAAGAAUGUUAGAUGAAUAAAAAAAGAAGGAAUAGGAUUUAACAAUCAUUCCAUUUUAUGAUAUUUAAGAUACAAAUUUAACUUAAAAGUUUAUAGAAAGAACUAAUCAACUUUGGGGAGGAUAGGAUUUCAUUCCACAAAUGGUUUCUGAAUCUUAAAUUUUAGAUAAUGAUGAAAUAAUCUAAGUAAUUACUAUUAUUAAUAUUUUAGAUCAUUGCACAUGUUCCAUCAAUUUUUAAAACAUCUGAUUGGAAAUUAAUAUUUUCAAAUGUCAUACAUGGAUCUUCAUUCUAAACAUUGCUUAAUAAUUGUGAAAACCAUUCUCCAUUAAUUUUAGCAAUCAAAGAUUUUAAUGAAUGUAAAUUUGGAGCUUAUUUAAAUGAAUCCCCAUAAUUGACAUUUGGCAAAUUUUUUGGUAAUGGAGAAACAUUUCUUUGGACUUUUAAAGUAAUUAUUUUUAUCAUAUAUUAGUAAAAUGAUUUCAAAACCUAUAAUUGGAAAGAAACAAAUAAUUAUUUUAUUUUUUGUGAGACAGACGGUUUAGCUGUUGGAUGUGGAGAAAAGUUUGGUUUAUAUGUUAAUCAUUCUUUGAUGCAUGGUAACUCAAAUUAAUGUGAAACAUAUAAAAAUGAAAUUUUAACAACCUCUAAUGAUUUUAGUAUUUAAAUACUUGAAAUCUGGGGAUUAAGUGAAUAAUGA